AUGCUGUCCCAAGAGAUUGAGGCCCGAAGCGGAGAGGUUGUGGCCAAAGGCCUUGACAGCCUUGGAGCACUACUUUCAAAGCUCCGUCAGCUUCAGGCUGCCAGCGAGAUUGCCAUCGCACAGGCCACCGAACAGACUGUGCAACGAGCAAGGAGCCUGGGUUCCAAAGCACGUGCAGACGAAGAUGGUAGCGGUUAG